AUCUGGAAUGACCUCUAUCAUCGUUAUGAGCAGUCUUGCCAACAAGGCAUCUCCCGCAUGACCUAGCGAUGAUCAGUCAGGCGAUCGUCAUGUGACCUGUAGAGCUGCAUAGAUUGGACCUCAUCGAUAUCGCAGCAAUCGUCAUCACUUUGACGUCAACCCCGAUCUUUGCCUCUACAUUGCCCCCAGUCCCUAUCCAUCUGCUCGACUAGGCAGUCAUGUCGACAUCCUCUAUCUCGCCGCAGCAGGAUCAACAGAGGCAAGAUCAGAUCGUUCACCGGUUCUACAUCAAGACGGUCGAGGUCUUGACCGAAGCUAGGUUAUCUACCGGGAAUGCGAAUGAACGGAGGUCGUCAGGGAGAGAUGAGGAUGGGUCCAGCGGGGUUAGGAAAGGCAAGAAGGAACCGAGGAUCGAUAAAUGGUUCAACUUACCACUCCCUGAUCCCGAGGUCUUUCGAGCCGAUCUAGAGGCGUACAGGUCCCUUUCGACCUCUUUCCCAGCAACGACUUCCACUCCGUACGCUAUCGUACCUCCCCUCCUCAUCGCCUUCAUCCUCGACGUCUCCGAUCUGCCUUCGAAGCACGCCUUGGUAUACAGAAGGGGUAGCGACGGAACGCACACGGUCUCGGAACGAGGUUCUAAUACCUACCGGUUGGAGUUACCGAACGAGACGGGAAAGGGUAAAGAACGAUCACGGGGACGAGCAGGAACGUCAGGCAAAUGCCAGGGAAUCGUUCUCGAAAGAUGGACCUUGCGAUCGCUCCAGAUCCCAUCCGACGCCACGCCCGUCACCUCGGCAUCGACAUCCCCGCUCAACUCGAUCUCCUCGUCCUCCACGUUCAUACGACCUGCUCAUCCUCGUUCAGGAGACGGGACCACUAAGACCUCUUCUCAGACACCUUAUCCUUCGUCCUCGGCUUCGUACAAAUCAGGGAUCAUACACUUCAGAGCGUUGUACCAAUACGUCAGGCUCUUGCCCGCUUACAAAGUCUUUCGACGAUUACGUCGAGCUAGCACUUCUACCGGUAACCUGCGAGUCGGAGUGAAGCUGUGGUCAGCCGAGGGCUACGAGGAGGAGUGGAUCAGGGAAGGAGAUCCGAGUGAUGAUGGGUUGGAUGAUGACGAUGAUAGCGAGGACGGUCAGAUGGGCCGAAGGUCGCCGACUUAUCGUAGGAGGACGCCCGAGGAAGGGAUAACGGAAGCGUGGAAGAAGAUGGAGGAAGGUCUGAUCGCCCUGGAUCAACCGCUGGCAAAGUAUGCUUCGCCCAUCUCAGGACCGUUGGGCAGAGACGAUCCGGCCAACAGACCACAGCCUUCGGAAAAGACCAGGGAUUACGAGUUCCCGACGUUGCCUCUCUCACACGGUCUUUUCUCGCUGUCGGUACAAGCUCGGGAAGAGGUCGACAUCUGGGCCGAAGAUGUCGAAUCCAUCCUGUCGUCCGCGUUGGCCGGGGUCGAUCUGCAAUCGAGAAAGGAAGACAGCGAGGCGGUAGAUAUGGGUCAGCUGGACCUGGAAGAGGAGUACUUCACGCCGACUUUGACGGCUAGACGAAAGGCGAGCACUUCGACCACCCCGGUAGCGGAGCUCAACUUGGCGGGUGAUCGAGGUUCUUCACCGAGGGUUGGUCUUCCUCUGGAUCGAGCUUACCCGGGAGAGACGGGCGUUGCUGCGGGAAACACAAUGCACGAGACUUCGACGGCAGUACCGACAAAACCUCAGAGGCCUCGUAGGGUAAUUUCCGAGUCACAAGUAGGCUCAGGCGCAGGUAUCGGCUUGGACGCUCGAGCGGGAGCUCAAGACGGCCAGUCUGUCAGUCCCGCUGAGAGCGGAAAAAUCGGCGGUCUUGCUGCCGACGUGGGAGAUUUCCCGUUCGCAAGAUCCGGCGUGAGACAAGGAGUCCCGGUUCCCGUAGCAAGCGGGCCGAGCAGUUUCGGCGAGAGAUCGAGGGCUGUAGGUGGUCCCAGCCAGCUCUCUUUGUCGCCCUCGGCUGCUAUGGGUAGCUUCAGACGAAACUCACAACUCCCGCAUGAGAGCGGAGCCUCAGCUGGCGCUUCUUCGAGCUUGGGCAACCGUUCUUCCCCAUUGGCGGUGGGUAUCAGAACCGGUGGCAGUCUGGAGAAUAGGGACUCUCCGACAUCGCGAACGAGCCCGUACUUGUCGAGUUCAGGAAGGUCUUUCAGUCUCCUCAACGAAUCUCGACCGAGAUUGUCCAGCCUUACUGGUCAGCCGACACUGCCCGGAACAAGCCCUUCGAGAGCUUCCUUCCGUGGACCUAGCAACCUGAGUCCGACUUCGGGUAGUAUACCGCGAUCGGGUACUUCUUCUCGACCAAAUUUGACCGGACAUCAUCAUCACUCGACUCCUACACCACCUAUUCCCGAAUUUCAUGAGGAAGAAGCGGCCGGAAUUCCCGUACCGGUCGCGCCUCAGAGUCUCAAGCGUUACUCUUCUUCAUUCGGGCAAAGGAGACCGUCUUUCACCCUGGGGGUCACUCCAGGAGCAGCGAGCUCGACUGGCAGUAGCCUCGAUCCUGGUAGCCUUUUGGGGGCCGGCGGGCACAGCAUGAGCAGGACGAAUACUCGAUUGUCUAGCUCUUCUCGACCGCCCUCCUUUUCGAAUGCUCCUGACAAGGGCGACAUCAACAUGUUCUUGAAGACGCUAGAAAGCAUGCCUCGACCACCUUCACUGGCGUCGGCAUCCCAAUCGCGUGCAUAUUUACCAUCCACUUCGUCCUCGCUAUCCAAUCCACGACACUCGGUAUUGGCAACAGGUCCCAAAUUGGGGGGAUCACCGGGAGAAUCUGGCCCGUCUUCUGGCACCGAUUCGAUGGUGACCGGUGGUGGCAGUGCCUUUAUGCGAAAACGUAUGACUAAAGCCGAGGUGGAUGCGGCGUUGAUUAGGAUGGCCGGAAGUUACACGCUCGCUGCGCAGCCUUUUGCUCAGCCCGGUAGCAUCCCGUUGACAGGCUCGGCACUCGCGACCUCAAGCUCAAUCUCGCCGGUAGACAGGCUGACUCCUGCUGCCCUGCGAACGUCUUCGGUCAACCGACAAAAUUCACCACUGGUCGGAGAUCGCACCGAACAAUCUGUUACAUCGGGAGAGCCUAUGCGAUCCAGUACACAAGCUGCAUCGACCCGCGAUGUCGGCUUCGUUGCAAGAAUCGGAUCGAGCGUGAAGAGUAGUUCACCUCUCGCUCAGGCUCCGAUUCAAGCAUCGCCGAUGGACCCUCCUGCUACACGACAAGCAUCCUAUCAAAACCGAAUUCACUCGGGAGAUCAGCUUUCGCGUGGCCAAUUUCAAGAGAACAGGCGUGCUGGCGAGCGGUCUCUUCCUAAACCCGAAACGUUUGACUUGCCGGACGAUCAUGCAGGUCGAGCGACAUCCGAUAGGAUGUUACCGAGGAUCGAUCGCCAUGUCCAAUCCCUUCCCGGCAACAGCCAUGGAAUCAGCCUUUCGAGGAAUCAUUCGCUACCGCCACCGCUACCUUCCACCUCGGCGAGCGGAGAUGCAGCGAGUCUGCCUAUUCCGAUACACGGCGAGCGAGACUCGAAACGACGAGCGCCUGUCUUGCAGCGAGGCGGUUUCAAUCAGCUGAUGUCGUCGUCCCGUGAUAAUACAUCGGGACCCGCGACCGGCAUCAGCUCUAUCAGUGUUGGAGGCAGUGCCGAUAUGCAUGUUGGGUCCGCUUCGCCGGCUAGGAAGGUCUCGCGAUCAGUGCCCGCACGUGACCUCUUGGCGAGUCCCAGAAAUGGCAGCCAGCACUUACCCUCGCACACUGUACUCACGUCCGAGUCGUCGCCUGUAGGACCCGCUCACGACGCUCCGGUACCGGCAGAUACUGCUGACCGAGACCAGCACCUCGCAAAUGUCUCGAGGCCUGCCUUGCGCAGUCAUUCAUCAUCGAUCGGUCCGCCACAUCUACUCAGAGCGUUGUCAGGGGGCUCAGCCAUUGGACAGGUAGCAGGGAACAAUGUCCGCGAACAACUUUCGAACGAACAGUCGGGCGUUAAGCGCACAGGAGCUGCGAUAGGCAACGAUCUCGUCUAUAGGACCUCUAGCGAAAAGCAGCAGUCUUGUGCGACGGCGCCGUCUUCUUUCGAUGAUAGGAGGGGACCUAUAGAUCACGCUAGGCCCGGAAGAAGGUGGGCAUCCGAGGAAGAUCAAAUCAGAGAUAAUGCCUCGCGAGGUAGUGGAUAUGCUCACGAUGAUAACGAAGAAUCGGUUGUGGGGGACCUCGAAAUGAGCGAUUGUAACAGAUGAACGAUAGACUUUAUGAAGUAAUGAAUACUGGAAGCCUGUCUG